AUGACGUUGAUUGAUAUUGGGUAUGGCUGUUUUGUUGCUCGGUUUGACAACAAACUGGAUUAUCUCCACGCCCUCCAUGAUGGUCCGUGGAAGAUAUUUGACAAUUAUAUUGUUGCUCAACGUUGGGAACCUGCUUUCAGACCUCGAACAACCAGAUUCUCAAAGAUGGCGGUUUGGGUCAGACUCCCUGAGUUACCCAUGGAGUAUUUUCGUGAUGACACCAUCCGAGCUAUCCUAGAGAACGUUGGAAAACCCCUUAAGCUGGACAGAACAACGACAGUGGCAGCGAAAGGGCGAUUCGCUAGAGCAGCAGUUGAAAUCGACAUGAACAAACCCCUGGUAUCCGAAGUGUGGGUUGAUAAUGACGUCCAAGUUGUCGAGUAUGAAGGGUUACACGUUGUUUGUUUCAAGUGUGGUGUGCUUGGUCACCGUGAGCAGUCCUGCCCGGAGCUCAGGCAGUCAGAAACGGAAGUUCUAAAUAAGGCUCAGAACAACGAUCAACCCCUGCACAGUCCAACGGAAGACCGGGACAUCAACGGUGCGAAGGACGUCGGAGAUGGAAACUCCGAUCAAACGAUGCCGUCAACUCACACCCCUCCUGCACAGAUCAAAAUACGCUAUGGAGCGUGGAUUUUGGUCACGAGGAAAAAUAAUCCGCCGGAUGGUGUCGCAAAAUAUCGCCACACUAGAAAAGAUAAUAACGUGAAUAAAACUCAUGCAGCGAACAUUCGCCAGGCUAGGAAGGAUCACAAUGUCGCAAAGAAAUAG